AUGGCAUGGGACCCACUCGCGCCACUGGAGCUGUACCUCCAGAGAUUCUGCAAACGCUCACGACUCUUCACGACCAAGAACUGGCAGUAUGGCUGUCUGCUGAGCGGAAUGCUCAGCUUCAUGUUGGCUUUCCUCAAUCUGGUUGCGGCAGAUUUUCUUCCACCUCUGUCGCCAACCCGGGAUGCUGAGUUCGUCCACAACUUCUACCAUUCGAAUAAGGCAGGCAUGCACGCAACCGUUCCCAUGCUGCUCAUAUCAGGUGGUCUCUACAUCCCGUACUCAGCGCUCAUCUCCCGACAACUACGACGCAUACCGAACCUAGAUCCGAUGAUACCAGACCUACAAUUCGGAGCCGCUGUGGCUGGCAUUGCGUGCUCGUUCAUGACUCCGGCACUUUUCUGUGGCAUGACCGUCUUCCGGGACUACAGCCCAGAGCUGACACUGCUCAUCAGCGAUCAGCUGUGGCUGAGCCUCUUCGAACCGUGGACGACCUUCUGGGUUCAAGGUUGGGCAAUCGCAUGGGCGAUUUUUUCCGAUGACAGUCCGAAUCCAAUAUUUCCGAAGAUAGCCGGUCUGGUCAAUUUCGCUGUACCCUUUGCGUACUUCUCCUUCGUUGGGAUCCACAUCGUAUACAGCGGCCCUUAUGCGUGGAAUGGAGCACUUACCUUCUGGUUUCCUGCCGUAGCGUUUGGCCUCCAGGUCGGCAUGGACUGUUAUUACAUGUUCUGGAACAUAUGGAACAUGGCAGACGAGCCAGUCUCUCCAUCAUCCACGAGUACCAUCGGAUCCGAACAGAAGGAGGCUUCGGUCGCAGAGGCGUAG